CGUUAUUGUAUGGAAAGAAAAAUUUUUUUUUAUAUCUUUACCUUAUAAUAAGCAGUAAAUUAACGCUUCAAACUCUUUCAGUUCUUUUAAUUUGUUUUUUUUUCUUUUUAUUUCUUUCCUGAAAAAAUAAAAUUUGUUGACAAUUAAUCAUUGAAUAAGUGCCUGUAGAUAAUAUAAUUAUAUAUAACAUAUUAUUAUAAGCCUAAUUUUUGAAAUUAAUUCUAAACUAAAUAAUGUUUAAAAUAUAUAUGCCUAGAGCAUGAUAAACCUGAAUUUUUUGGAUUUAAAUACAUAUAAGUACGUGUGUGUGUGUGUGUGUGUGUGUGUGUGUGUGUUGUGUGUGUGUAAUAAUAGAAUAAUUAAUUAAUUAAUAAAGUCACUUACCACAAUUAUUACAAAGAUCUUUGCAUAAAAAAACCUUUGACACGCAAUUUGCAAUAAGAUCUUCGCAAAAUUCUUUGAUGUCAAAAUCGAGAACUGUCACACCACGUGAACUGUCAAGAUAUAUGUAUACUGAUAGUGGAAGUUACUCUUGCAAUACGAAGUAAGCGCAGCGAGAUAUUAAUCAGCAUCGCAGAAAGUCGAUAUGUUGACAAGAAAAAGAAGAAAAAGAAGAAGUGACAAACGGCCAUUAAAGAUAAACAUGGGAGAAAAUUCAUCAGACGUAAGUAAAUUAUUUGUAAUUCUUUUUAAUUCUCAAUAUUUGAUUAAGAAAUAUUUAUAUAAUAAUAAUUGUUUUAUUAAAAAUUUCAGAUUGAUAUCGAUAUGGAAGACAACGUAUUUUCAAUUGAAAAAGAUGAAAACGAACGUCCAAAACCAACUGCUGCAACACGCAUUUCGACCGGAACACGCGGAGAGAUCUUACUCCAAACGGACCAAUCGCGUUGAUAAUAAUGAUGGACGACCUAAUAAAACAGCCGGUCCUCAAACCGAAGGAACCAAUGGUCCUCUCGCGGACCGUCUUCAGCGGGCAGAUCUUCGCGCUGACGCCGCCGGACAAUGUGAUCCUCCGCGAGCGAUUUCUCGUGCCGAACCUCAAAAUAAUCAUGACGCUGAUUAUCACGCAAAUCCUCAACUGCCUGAUAUUCCAAAUCGAAGACGUAGAGGAACCCGAGCGGGCGCAUAUCGACAGCAGCAACGCUUUAUUUUUUGUUUUAACUAAGCCACGCUCAUGUGAACUGGGGACGGCCAAGACAGUAUUCGGCUCGACGAUAAAUUAAAUUAUUUAAUCAUCAGUUCAAUUAAUUAUAUUAUUCUAAUAAAUUAAAUUAUUCAAUCAUCAGUUCAAUUAAUUAUAUUAUUCUAAUGUUCAAUAUUUUUAAUAAAACGUUUUUUAAUUUUUAAUAAAAAUUAAAUACAUUAUUAUAUUGUAUUAUGUAAAAAUUAAAAAAUAAAAACAAAAAUGUAAUAAUUUAUAAAUUGUAAAUUAACAUAAGUUAGCAUAUAUCUUGCGCUCUCUAAAUCAUAAUCAGUAAAAACUCGACAAAAUCAAUACUCUGACUUUCAGUGAUAUACAUACUAAUUCCCAUGAAAAAAUGAUUCAGAUAUAAUUAUAUAUGACGUCAUAUACAAUUAUACAUAUAUAAUUAUAUCCAAAUUUAUAUAAUUAUAUAUGAUUUAUACAUAACAGCAUGUAUAAUUAUAUAUAAAUUAUAUAUGAGCCUCAUAUACAAUUUAUACAUGAUUUAUAUAUAGACUCCAUUGUUCUUGUUCUUUUAUAUAUGAAACUAUAUUUGACUUUAUAUGACUAUAUAUAUAUCUACAUAUGAUCACUCAACUUCAAUAGAUACAAUCAGAUAUAACCAAAUAUUAUUAUAUAUAAUCAUAUAAAGCAUUUGCAGUUCUUCAGAUAUAAUCCGGCAGGAACAAUGGAAUCUAUAUAUAAAAAUAUAUACAUAU